AUGGACGGGGCCAUGGAAGUUUAUUGGCAGGCGCCAGUCAUCGCUCGAUCGACUGUCACUGCCAUGCUCCUGAUGUCGGCCGCUGUACACUUUGGCAUGCUCUCCGGGACCCAUGUCAUCUUCCACCAAUACUUCCUCUGGAAGUUUCCACCGCAAAUAUGGCGCUUGUUCACGGCGUACCUCCUCACAGGUCCUCAAUUAGGCCUUCUGUUCGACGCGUACUUUUCGUACCAGUACUUGAGCCAGCUGGAGCGUGGUAGGUACUCCAAGAAGGAGGACCUUCUCUGGUAUCUGACCUUUAUCUGUGGAACCAUACUGGGUGUCAACUACAUCACUGGCCUCGGCUACAUGACCUUCCUGCACGCCUUGAUGAUCUCGAUGACCUACACCGUGGUCCAGGACCAACGGGGCAUGAAGACCAACUUCUACUUCAUCACGAUUCCCGCGCAGUUAACCCCAUAUGCUAUGAUCGCCAUCAACAUGCUAUUUCCAGGCGGUGCUGCGCAGAUUCCUCUGCAACUGGAGGGACUCUUCGCUGCACACCUGUGGGAGUUCUUGACCAAGAUUUGGCCGGCCUUUGGAGGCCAAGGUCGCACUCUGCUGCCCACGCCUCCGUUCUUCACCACCGUUGUGAACACAAUCAGCGGACUUGCUGGUCGAGCCGCCCCGGUUGUUCCUGGACCGAGGGGCGCGGCUGGUGGUGUGGCUCGUGGUGCCUCCGCUGGAUCUGGGCCGUUGCCAGACUCCUGGAGAACUCGGGGUCCUGGCCACCGACUAGGCUGA